GGCGCGCUGCGUCGUUACUUUUGAACCGGGUGGCGGGAGCCGCGAGUUAGUGCUGGCCCUGGUCGCGCACUCGCCAUGGCGCGGCAGCUGUCCCGGGAGCAGGGCAUCACCCUGCGCGGGAGCGCGGAGAUCGUGGCCGAGUUCUUCUCGUUUGGCAUCAACAGCAUUCUCUACCAGCGUGGCAUCUACCCCUCGGAAACCUUCACUCGAGUGCAGAAGUACGGGCUCACCCUGCUGGUGACCACCGACCCGGAGCUCAUCAAGUACCUCAGCAGUGUGGUGGAGCAGCUCAAAGAUUGGCUCUACAAGUGCUCUGUUCAGAAGCUGGUGGUGGUCAUCUCCAACAUCGAGAGCGGGGAGGUCCUUGAAAGGUGGCAGUUUGACAUUGAGUGCGACAAGACUGCAAGGAUGACAGGUAAAUAGAACAGUGCUCCCAGAGAGAAGUCUCAGAAAGCCAUCCAGGACGAAAUCCGCUCAGUGAUCAGACAGAUCACGGCGACAGUGACGUUCUUACCACUGUUGGAAGUUUCUUGUUCAUUCGAUCUACUGAUCUACACAGACAAGGACUUGGUAGUACCUGAGAAGUGGGAAGAGUCGGGACCACAGUUCAUCACCAAUUCUGAGGAAGUCCGUCUGCGCUCAUUCACCACCACGAUCCACAAAGUGAACAGCAUGGUGGCCUACAAAGUCCCUGCCAACGACUGAGGCGGGACGAGGCACCGCACUGCGAGCUCAGCCUGGCUUUGCUGGGGCCGAGUGACGCAGCUGACGACGAGUUUCAAGGGUGACUGUAGCUGGGGCCGGCACCUCAGGGAGCCGUGUGCCCAGCGACCUGCCACAGUUGUUGCAGUGAGGACGCUGCACGUGGUCCCGGCUGCCACAGGUCGUGUCCGUGCUGCAUGGAAUCCCCUGACGCCAUCUCGCAGGUGGAGGUCUUUUGCUACCAAACUAAUUACUCUUCUGGGUUGUUUUGGUCAAGUGAUUGACUCAGAAUAUAAUAGAUAUUUGAGUGUAAGAUAAUAUAGCAACAGAGCACUGAACACUCAGAAUCUUUGUUCAGCUCCUGAAGUGAUGAAAAACUGCUUUACUGGGUCCUUUGUCAUUUAUUAUAUUGUACAGUUCCCACAGGGACAAAUGCUGUUUGGUUUUAAUAUCUAACUUGAACCCAGAAGCAGUUGGUAAGUGUACUGUUUGAUUCUUACGAUGCAGAGCUCUCACAUCCUCUGAUGUUUGUGAAUCAGGUUUCAAGUGAUGAUGGUGAAUAAAGUCA